UCAGGUUAUUGGAACCCUGUAGUGACACUAGCGGCCGCGCCGAAGGCAGAGAAACCUUCGAGUCCUUUUGACGGUUACAUUCUACCGCGCAGAAAAUCGACGACCUUUUGGGGCCAGCGUCGCUGGCAUGAUUUCGAGACGCUCAAGGAACAGCACCGGCACGAUGACGUCCGGCGAGAAGCCAAGUAUGCUCCCAAGGAGAAUUUGCACCCUCGCGAUGACUUUACGGUUGUCUUCCUGGGACACGUGGAGCUCUACAUUCUGGCCGAGAGAUACGGGAUCAUCCCGCUUAAGGAACUGGUCAAGUACAAACUGGCAACCACGUUGGCGGAGUUUACCCUGUAUAAACACAACGUUGUCGAUCUAGUGGAGCCGAUUCAACUUUUGUACCAAAAUACUUUGCCCGGUGAUGACAUGCGAGGUUUGAUGAUUAGCUAUCUUGUCUCGGUGAUUGAUCAGAUCGGGGCAAGCACUGAUUUUCAAAGGUUAUUAGCGGAGGGCGGAGAUGUUGUUCUUGAUUUCUGGCAGGCUUUGUGGGAAGACUAA